AUCUAUAUAAUAUAUAUAGAGCUCAAAUCUAUACCUACCGUUCGCCAUCCCUUCGUUAUAUAGGCAGAUAAUAAUAUUCAUCUUUAUACGGCCCCGCUGCCUUGGGCUUCUACAUUCUCUUACAGUUGCCCCUGCAGCCAUACAUUCGUUGUCAGUUACUGUGCUCAGAAAGUUCUUCUACUCUCUUUUAGUCUUAUAAUUCAAUACCAACAGCUCGAAGCCGCUUGUUUACGGUUCACUCGACGCCGUAUCGCCUCAUUAAUAUCCAUUGCCGACUUGCGAACUGUCUCUGAGCCUGAUAUCCUAAUACCCGGCCUACGUUCUCAACUCGAUAUUGGCAAUGAAUGAUUCUAUAUAGACCUAGCAGUCUGAUUGAGGCAUUGAUUAGUCCUCGACCCUGGGGCGCGGGAUAAUCCUCGUUCCAAAUAUCUCUAUAGAUCAUUCACUUGCUACGUUGAUCCUCCACGCUUCUUAAUACUUUUGCUUCAAGCAGCCAUGACACGGGAGGCCGUAGUGCUUUAUUCGUUCGUUUUCUUUGCCUUUGUAUCGACUUUCACUGCGACUGUUUUGAAUGGCGUCUUUGCGGCUUCUCUCAGGCGUCUAUCAACACCACACUCUCUCGACUUCGCUUCUGUCGGGCUCAAUACCAUAAGCUGCGUUAUUCUGCUGGCAUGGACAUCGUUAAUUUUUGCGAGAGGAGACGUUUUACCGACAACUUUGAAGUCAUCGGAAAAGGGGAUAUUAUUUGCCAUUGUAUCAUACCUCUUUGCCACGAUAGAGGUCACUGGAGGGGCGGUAGCGUGGAGUGGCGUCCAAUUCCUAAAGACAUCGACCACGAAAUUCCCCAGUCGAACGGAGUCGCUUCUCAUCGCCUGGACUGUGAUGUGGGCUAUGUCUUCUUUCUUUCAAGGACUGGUUUGUGGCACGUUGAUAGCGACCUUAAUGCAGCAUAGCAACCAAGACAAUGGGCGGCGAGUGGUCGCCUCCCUGGAACGGCAAACGACUGCUUCGACGAGUGAUAUUCGACAAGAUAGACCUUCUGCGCCAAUACGCAGAUAUUCUCUUCGUGAGAAAUUCAAGUCGAGCUCUGAGCGAUUGAAUUCAAUUCGCUCUUCCAUUACAGGGCUUAUCACGCCUAUGACCCCGCUGGGACGCUCCAACUCUAAACGCGUUCCCAAGCACACGUUUCCUGAGUCUGCUUCAGGAGACUAUGACACUCGAGAGCGUGCUUUUGAUAAUUGGGACACCUCUAGUGUCAGUCGGGAAAAUAAAGAGACGGCAUUGCGGUCAAGCAUGCUGUCCUCCAAGCCCCUACCUCAACUUCCUAAUCGCAGUCGGCCACAAACAGCAAAUACGCUCACAGGGUCGAUACUGAGCAGUUCAUCAACUACCUUGCCGCCGUCACCGCAAGGGCCACGCUGUGGGCUUCCUCGAGGAGUCUCUCGACCCCGGACAGUAUCUUUGGAGAGCCAUAUACAUCCACUUUUUCGUUCCGAUAGCCCAUCACCAUCGCCAACACCUAGUCCAGGAACAGUCCUGACAGCUUCGCCUCUUGCAGGCCAGACCAUCAACACACAUACAGUGCGCAAGAUAAGAUCCAGCAGUAUUCUUCAGAGUUCCCAGCCGCUUCCUAGUAUCGACUCAUCAGAGGACUUGAGCGAGACAGACCGUCGCCGCCCUCGACCAGCUCAUCAUAAUUCUGUUUCCUCCAUGCCUGAGUUCGUCUUGGCUGCUGGAAUUCGACAUAGCGCACUGGACUACGAGAAGCGGAAAUACGCAUCGAAGUAUAAUCCUCAACGAUAGAAGCACGGGUCUUUUCAUCUAGUCUGCAAAGGACGCCUGGUACAAUCCCCUUUGCUGCAACAUUCUAUGUGCAGCAGUCUGUCAUUUCCAUAAUGAAAUUUUACGAAUACGAAGUCAAGUAC